UGUAAAAACAAAAGGAAAUUGAGGAAAGUGACCAAAAAUUUGGAGACUUUAGAAAAUUGAAAAUAUCGUAUUACCUUUUGGCUUUCAAAGUCCAAGAUAAGGAAAGUUUUAAAGUAGGAUAUACUUGGCGAGAGGAAAAUUGACAACUUUUCUAGGCUCUGCAUACCUGACUGUUAUGAAGAAUAGGUUUAAAUGAGUUAAAUGUCAUUCUUUUGCUAGGUCUUAUCAAGGGAGAUGAAGGAUGGGUACAAUACAGCCAAAGUUCGAUGGUUAAAAGAUGCAGCUGUUACAGAUAACGAUCUAGAAAUGUUGUCAAAGUUGAAUUCUGAUGUUUACGCUGAAAUGAAGACAUUCGUACUAGAGUUCCUGAAACGGCAGAAUCAAAGUGUUUUGGCUAGCCAAAUCCAGUUUCCUGCAUUAGAAAAUGACAAAAUUGGAAGCAGAGAUGGGCCAUCUUGGGUAUGGUGGCUAAUUGACUGCUUUAUCGAAGCGACAGAACACAAGAUCGAAUUCAUUUCGUCAGAAUCUCUCGAGGAAAGACUGAACAUAAUUCGCAGUCAGCUCUCAAUGAGUUGCUGAGUUGAAUUUCUGUUGUUGGCUCCACCUGGGACAUUGCCUUUGCCACAGGGGCUGAUUAAUGGUUUUCAGCCUGGCACCCAAGCUGUUUCGGUAGCCGGGCUUGCUCGCUAUGUUCCAUGAGUUCAAAUAAACUGUAUUUUGGUACUUUUUGCAAACCUUUCAGCCCGGCAACCAUAUUUAUUAUGGUUCAGCCAACCGGGCAGUCUCGCGCCCUAGCCUGCAAAAGAUGAAAAUUCCUUCGUUUUUCGCAAGGCUGAAAAGUCUUCAUUUGACAGGGGGCACUGUUUGUCUAAAAAUAUGCGCGACAACUUGCGAGUCAUCUAGGAUACCGGGCUAAAAAGGUAGUUUUUCAUCACAUAAAGUACCAAAGUUGCAAGCUGUCCUGGCUACAAAGUCAGCUCUUGUGCUGGGCGUAAAUGUGAUAAAACAGUCAGCCCCUGAGUUACUUGCCAUUAGGGUAACAGUUUGCUUUAUGGUUUGUCGUUGAAAUUGAAAAUAUUGUUGUUCAAAGCGACCCAGCUUUGUUACACUCUAUUCUUCAUUAGUUGUAUAACUUGCUUCUGCAUAGACUUGUUGUAUCUUGUAGAAAAUAGGAUCGGUGUAGUUGAAUUAACAUUGUUGACAGCCAUGAAUACGGCCCUUCUCUAUA